ACCCACUCAUAUAAAUUCCUUCACGGAGAGAAAGGAAGAAGCCUUCCGUAGCUUGUGGACUGAGAAGAAGAACAUUGAGCUUCUGAUUAGUUUGAGCUUCUUCGUUUUUCUGAACUGUUCGGAAUAUGGUUUGCUUCUGCUUCCUGGUGGAUCAGAGGAGGAAGGUGAGGAGGAGCAAGCCGGCGGCCGGGACGUGCUCGCGGUGCGGCCACGGAGCCAGCGUGGCCGACAUGAUGACUCAGACGAGGUUUUGUUAUGUUCCGUUCUACUGGAAAAACUGGAAGGCCAUUAUCUGCACUUUCUGUGGAGCCAUGCUCAAGUCUUACAGAUGAGCUCAUAUGUGUCUGUCCCGCGUAAUGUAUAAUAAUCACCCAGAAUAGUAAAUUUU